AUGGAUCCAGAAGACAGAGAAAAGACGGCAUUCAGCAUUGGCGGGGGUUUAUGGCAUUUUCAGGUAAUGCCAUUUUGUUUGUGCAAUGCUCCCCCCACUUUGGAGCGAUUGAUGGAUUAUGUACUUGCCGGAUUACCCUGGAACGUUUGUCUUGUAUAUCUUGAUGAUAUAAUCGUUCAUGGCAGAACCUUCUCUGAGCAGCUUCUCUAAGUACAUGUUUGAGGAAAGCUAAUCUGAAACUUUCUUCAGAGAAAUGUAAUCUGUUUCGCCUUGGGACAUAUCAUCAGUUGUAAGGGCGUGGCAACAGAUCCCGCAAAGAUCAACAGUGUUAAGGACUGUUAAGUGCUGAAAUGAGAAGUUUCUUGGGAUUGUGUUCCUAAUACUGAAAGUUUAUUCGAAAUUUCACUGAGAUUGCAAAUCUACUCACUCGCCUAACAGUAUGAUCUAAAGAUUGAACAUCGACCCAGAAAAUAUCUUCUCAAUGCCAACACAUUGUCGCAACGACCAUGUAUUGGGGAACAUUGCAAAAGUUGUGAUAGGGCUGAAACAAAAGAACGUACAACAAGCGAAGUUCAGUGUGAACACGAGAACCAUAGAUUGACUUUGAUAGCCAACCGAGUUAGAAGGCAAUCGCCUGCUGAGGAUACAGAUGUUGAUGAUUUGGAAGACGAGAGUUUUAUUGAAAAUGUGGGCCUGCAAGACAUAGUGAAAGCUCAAUGGAUUCAGACAUAG